AUGGGCUUUAUUCUCCACUCUGCCUCUUUCACCCUAAAGGUGAGCUUAUUGCUGGGCUCUUUUCUCAGCCUGUGUCUUGGGCUGGAGUUUGUGGGUGUUCCCAAUCAGUGGGCGCGUUACCUCCGCUGGGAUGCCAGCACCAGGAGUGACCUCAGCUUUCAACUGAAGACCAGUGUUUCAGCUGGAUUACUCCUCUACUUCGAUGAUGGUGGCGUCUGCGACUUUCUCUGUUUGUCCCUGGUGGAUGGGCGUAUUCAGCUCCGAUUCAGUGUGGACUGUGCUGAGGCCACAGUUGUCACAGAUAAGCAAGUCAAUGACAGCAACCUGCACUUCCUGAUGGUCAGUCGCAACCACCUACGGACAGUUCUUGUGCUGGAUGGUGAAGCCAAGCCUGCAGAGGUGCGCCCGCAGCGCCAAUACAUGAAUAUUGUCAGUGACCUCUUUGUGGGAGGCGUCCCGUCAGACAUCCGUUCUGCAGCCUUGACCCUUGACAGUGUCCUGGGUGAGCCACCAUUUAAAGGAUUUAUCUUGGACCUGAAGUAUGGCAGUUCAGAACCCCAGCUCCUGGGCCACCAAGGCGUCCGUCUAGACAUGGAAGGGCUAUGUACAGAGAACCCAUGUGAGAAUGGUGGGAAUUGCUUCCUUCUGGAUGGCGAGCCACAGUGUGAUUGCUCGGCCACUGGAUAUGUUGGGAGAUUCUGUUCUGAAGAUGCCAAUCGUGUUCCAGGACUUUCACACCUGAUGAUGGGUGAACAAGGUAGAAGUAAAGCAAGAGAGGAGAAUGUCGCCACGUUCCGUGGGUCUGAAUACUUGUGCUAUGACCUCUCCCAGAACCCCAUCCAAAGCAGCAGUGAUGAGAUCACCCUCUCCUUCAAGACAUGGCAGCGCAAUGGGCUUAUCCUGCACACGGGCAAGUCAGCAGAUUAUGUCAACUUGGCUCUGAAAGACGGUGCGGUCUCGUUGAUCAUUAACCUGGGGUCUGGAGCCUUCGAGGCCAUUGUGGAGCCAGUCAGUGAUCGUGGCAAAUUUAAUGACAACGCCUGGCAUGAAGUUAAAGUGACCCGCAACCUGCGGCAGCACUCAGGCAUUGGACACGCUAUGGUAAACAAACUACAUUGUCUGGUGACAAUCUCUGUGGAUGGAAUCCUCACCACCACUGGCUACACCCAAGAGGACUACACCAUGUUAGGUUCUGAUGACUUCUUCUACGUGGGUGGGAGCCCCAGUACAGCUGAUUUACCUGGUUCUCCUAUCAGCAACAACUUCAUGGGCUGCCUAAAAGAGGUUGUUUAUAAGAAUAAUGACAUCCGUCUGGAGCUGUCUCGCUUGGCAAGGAUCGGUGACACAAAGAUGAAAAUCUAUGGAGAUGUGAAGUUCACAUGUGAGAAUGUGGCCACACUGGACCCCAUCAACUUUGAGACACCUGAGGCCUACAUUAGCCUGCCGAAAUGGAACACUAAGCGUAUGGGUUCCAUCUCCUUUGACUUCCUCACCACAGAGCCGAAUGGCCUCAUACUCUUCACUCAUGGCAAACCCCAGGAAAGAAAGGACUCCAGGAGCCAGAAGAAUACCAAAGUGGAUUUCUUUGCAGUGGAACUCUUGGAUGGGAACCUCUACCUUCUCCUUGACAUGGGCUCCGGAACUGUCAAAGUGAAGGCCACUCAGAGGAAAGCAAAUGAUGGAGAAUGGUACCACGUUGAUAUCCAGAGAGACGGCAGAUCAGGUACCAUAUCAGUGAACAGCAGACGGACACCAUUCACUGCUAGUGGAGAAAGUGAAAUCCUAGAUCUAGAAGGGGACAUGUACCUGGGAGGUCUGCCUGAAAAUCGGGCAGGCCUUGUGCUUCCUACUGAACUCUGGACAGCCAUGCUGAACUAUGGCUACGUGGGCUGCAUCCGAGACCUCUUCAUUGAUGGGAGGAGCAAGAACAUCCGGCAGCUGGCAGAGCAGCAGAAUGCUGCUGGGGUCAAAUCUUCCUGCUCACGGCUGAACACCAAGCACUGUGACAGCUACCCCUGUAAGAACAACGCUGUCUGUAAGGAUGGCUGGAACCGCUUCAUUUGUGACUGUACUGGUACCGGCUACUGGGGGAGAACAUGUGAGCGGGAGGCUUCCAUCCUGAGCUAUGACGGCAGCAUGUACAUGAAGAUCAUUAUGCCUAUGGUCAUGCAUACAGAGGCAGAGGAUGUGUCCUUCCGCUUCAUGUCCCAGCGAGCUUAUGGGCUGCUAAUGGCCACCACAUCACGUGAUUCAGCCGAUACACUGCGCCUGGAGCUAGAUGGGGGCCGUGUCAAACUCAUGGUCAAUCUAGACUGUAUCAGGAUAAACUGUAACGCCAGUAAAGGACCAGAGACCCUUUAUGCUGGGCAGAAACUCAAUGACAACGAGUGGCACACAGUCCGCGUGGUACGCCGAGGAAAGUCUCUCAAACUGACCGUGGAUGAUGAUGUUGCUGAAGGCACAAUGGUUGGUGACCACACCCGCUUGGAGUUCCACAACAUUGAGACUGGGAUAAUGACAGAGAAGCGUUAUAUCUCAGUCAUUCCAUCCAGCUUCAUUGGUCACCUUCAGAGCCUCAUGUUCAAUGGCCUUCUCUACAUUGACCUGUGCAAAAAUGGUGACAUUGACUACUGUGAACUUAAAGCCCGCUUCGGGCUUCGUAAUAUCAUUGCCGAUCCUGUUACCUUCAAGACUAAGAGCAGCUACUUGAGCUUAGCGACAUUGCAAGCCUACACCUCCAUGCACCUCUUCUUCCAGUUCAAGACAACCUCUGCAGAUGGCUUCAUCCUGUUCAACAGUGGGGAUGGAAAUGAUUUCAUUGCUGUUGAAUUGGUCAAAGGGUACAUACAUUAUGUGUUUGACCUUGGGAAUGGACCUAAUGUCAUUAAGGGUAAUAGUGAACGGCCAUUGAAUGACAACCAGUGGCAUAAUGUCGUCAUCACCCGAGACAACAGCAAUACCCACAGCCUAAAAGUGGAUACCAGGGUUGUUACUCAGGUUAUCAAUGGUGCCAAAAAUCUUGAUCUUAAGGGCGAUCUUUACAUUGCUGGCCUGUCUCAAGGAAUGUACAGCAACCUUCCAAAGUUAGUGGCCUCCCGUGAUGGGUUUCAGGGCUGCCUGGCAUCAGUGGACUUGAAUGGCCGCCUGCCAGAUUUAAUCAAUGAUGCUCUGCACCGCAGUGGGCAGAUCGAGCGUGGAUGUGAAGGACCAAGCACCACCUGCCAAGAAGAUUCCUGUGCCAACCAAGGCAUCUGCAUCCAGCUGUGGGAAGGCUUCACUUGUGACUGUAAUAUGACAUCAUACUCUGGGAGUCAGUGCAAUGACCCUGGUGCCACGUAUAUCUUUGGGAAAAGUGGAGGCCUCAUCGUAUAUACCUGGCCAGCAAAUGACAGACCCAGCACAAGGACAGACCGCCUUGCAGUCGGGUUCAGCACAACAGUGAAAGACGGCAUCUUGGUUCGGAUUGACAGUGCUCCUGGCCUUACUGACUUUCUGCAGCUCCACAUAGAGCAAGGCAAGAUCGGUGUGGUCUUCAACAUUGGCACUGUAGAUAUCUCCAUCAAAGAAGAGAGCACCCCCGUGAAUGAUGGCAAAUAUCAUGUUGUGCGCUUUACACGAAACGGUGGCAAUGCAACGCUUCAGGUGGAUGGAUGGCCAGUGAACGAACAUUAUCCUUCAGGCAACACUGAUACUGCGUUCCAAUUGGUAAAACCGAAAAUCCCCUUCAAAUAUAACCGGCCCGUAGAGGAAUGGCUGCAGGAAAAAGGACGACAGUUAACGAUCUUCAACACCCAGGCGAAAAUAGCCAUUGGAGGAAAAGACAGAGGGCGUCUCUUUCAAGGCCAGCUCUCCGGUCUCUAUUACAAUGGCUUGAAAGUGUUGAACAUGGCGGCAGAGAACAACCCCAACAUCAAGAUCAACGGAAGUGUCCGGCUCGUUGGUGAAGUACCAUCCAUCGUGGGAACAGCACCCACAACCUCCAUGCCCCCAGAGAUGUCAACUACAGUCAUGGAAACCACCACUACUAUGGCCACAACUACAACCCGAAAAAAUCGUUCCACUCCCACCAUUCAGACAACAGAUGACCUCGUUUCAUCAGCGGAAUGUUCCAAUGAUGACGAAGACCUCAUUGAAUGUGAGCAGAGUGUAGGUAAGCCAGGAGGUGAAUUAGUUAUCCCUCUUCUUGUAGAAGACCCUUUAGAUAUCCCUUCUAUUGCUACUCGUGCACCUUUCAUUACACUCCCCACUACCUUCCGCCCCCUCCUCACCAUUAUUGAGACCACCAAAGAUUCCCUGUCCAUGACCUCUGAGGCGGGGUUACCUUGCUUGUCGGACCAAGGCAGCGAUGGUUGUGAUGAUGAUGGCUUGGUGAUAUCUGGGUAUGGCUCAGGGGAAACCUUUGACUCUAACCUACCCCCUACUGAUGAUGAAGAUUUUUACACCACCUUCUCCUUGGUAACAGAUAAGAGUCUUUCCACUUCAAUCUUCGAAGGUGGCUACAAAGCACAUGCACCCAAGUGGGAAUCCAAGGACUUUAGACCUAACAAAGCCUCCGAAACUGGUAGGACUACUACCACAUCUUUGUCCCCUGAGCUGAUCCGCUCCACAGCUUCGUCCUCGACUGGGAUGGUGCCCAAAUUGCCAGCCGGCAACAUGAAUAACCGUGACCUCAAACCCCAGCCUGACAUAGUCUUGCUUCCGUUGCCCACUGCCUUUGAGCUAGACAGCACAAAACUGAAGAGCCCGCUAAUAACUUCCCCCAUGUUCCGUAAUGUGCCCACAGCAAACCCCACGGAGCCAGGAAUCAGACGGGUUCCGGGGGCCUCAGAGGUGGUCCGUGAGUCGAGCAGCACAACGGGGAUGGUCGUCGGCAUUGUGGCUGCUGCCGCCCUCUGCAUCCUGAUCCUCCUGUACGCCAUGUACAAGUACAGGAACAGGGACGAGGGGUCCUAUCAGGUGGAUGAGACGCGGAACUACAUCAGCAACUCAGCCCAGAGCAACGGCACGCUCAUGAAGGAGAAGCAGCAGAGCACAAAGAGCGGCCACAAGAAACAGAAAAACAAGGACAAAGAAUAUUACGUGUAA